CUUUUAGGCUCCAGCAAUUGACGGGAUCCGAAUAACCAUGGAGAGUGCCUUAACAGCCCGAGAUCGGGUUGGUGUCCAGGACUUUGUCCUGCUAGAGAACUACACCAGUGAAGCAGCAUUUAUAGAAAACCUGAGGAAGAGGUUUAAAGAAAAUCUAAUUUAUACAUACAUUGGGUCAGUCUUGGUAUCUGUCAAUCCAUAUAAAGAGUUGGAGAUUUACAGCAAGCAACACAUGGAGAGAUAUCGUGGAGUUAGUUUCUAUGAAGUGUCUCCUCAUAUAUAUGCCAUAGCAGAUAACUCCUAUCGUUCCCUACGCACAGAAAGGAAAGACCAAUGUAUACUUAUAUCUGGUGAGAGUGGGGCAGGGAAGACUGAGGCUAGCAAGAAAAUCCUUCAGUACUAUGCUGUGACAUGUCCGGCCAGUGACCAGGUGGAAACUGUGAAAGACCGACUUCUUCAGUCCAAUCCUGUUCUGGAGGCAUUUGGCAAUGCAAAAACCUUACGAAAUGAUAAUUCCAGCCGCUUUGGAAAAUAUAUGGAUGUGCAGUUUGAUUACAAGGGAGCUCCUGUAGGUGGACAUAUUUUAAACUAUCUCUUGGAAAAGUCCCGUGUGGUACAUCAGAACCAUGGAGAGAGAAACUUCCAUAUUUUUUACCAGCUUCUUGAGGGUGGAGAAGAGGAUUUACUGCGGCGGCUGGGGCUGGAUAAAAAUGCCCAAAAUUACCAGUACCUGAUUAAGGGGCAGUGUGCCAGAGUUAGCUCAAUCAAUGAUAAAAACGAAUGGAAAGUUGUUAGGCGGGCCAUGUCAAUUAUAAACUUCAAUGAUGAUGAUGUAGAGGAAUUGCUGAGCAUUGUUGCUAGUGUACUACAUUUGGGAAAUGUGCAGUUUGCCACAGAUGAGCAUGGACAUGCCCAAGUCACAACAGAAAACCAGAUUAAAUACCUCGCCAGGCUCCUCUCUGUAGACAGUACUGUACUACGAGAGUCUCUCAUUCACAAAAAGAUCAUUGCCAAAGGAGAAGAGCUGAACAGUCCACUUAACCUGGAGCAAGCUGCUUACGCUCGUGAUGCCUUGGCUAAAGCAAUCUAUGGCCGUACCUUCUCCUGGCUUGUUAGCAAGAUUAACAAAUCUCUGACAUACAAGGGUACAGAUAUGCACAAGCUUGGGAGCGCUUCUGUCAUAGGGCUUUUGGACAUAUAUGGUUUUGAAGUUUUUCAACAUAACAGCUUUGAACAAUUUUGCAUUAAUUUUUGCAAUGAAAAACUGCAGCAGUUAUUUAUAGAGCUGACACUGAAGUCUGAACAGGAAGAAUAUGAAUCUGAAGGGAUUGCAUGGGAGCCAGUUCAAUAUUUUAAUAACAAAAUAAUCUGCGAUUUGGUUGAAGAGAAAUUCAAAGGCAUAAUUUCCAUUCUGGAUGAAGAAUGUUUACGUCCAGGAGAAGCCACAGAUUUGACGUUCCUGGAGAAGUUGGAGGACACUGUGAAAAAUCACCCACACUUUGUGACACACAAACUUGGAGACCAAAAAACCCGAAAAGUGCUUGGCAGAGAUGAAUUCCGUUUGCUGCAUUAUGCUGGGGAAGUGAACUACAGUGUAGUAGGCUUCCUCGAUAAAAACAAUGAUCUGCUGUUUCGCAAUCUGAAGGAAGUUAUGUGUGACUCUGGGAACCCGAUUGUUCAUCAGUGCUUUGACAGGUCUGAACUGACAGACAAGAAAAGGCCAGAAACGGCAGCAACACAGUUUAAAAAUAGCUUAUCAAAGCUGAUGGAAAUUCUUAUGUCCAAGGAGCCUUCCUACAUACGGUGCAUAAAGCCCAAUGACGCCAAACAAGCAGCUCGUUUUGAUGAAGUGCUGAUCAGACACCAAGUGAAAUAUCUGGGACUUAUUGAAAAUGUGCGAGUACGCCGUGCUGGAUUUGCAUAUAGACGAAAAUAUGAGAUCUUUUUACAAAGGUACAAAUCUCUUUGCCCUGAUACCUGGCCUAACUGGGAUGGCCGAGCAAUGGAUGGUGUGGCUGUUCUGGUCAAGAGCCUGGGGUAUAAACCAGAGGAGUAUAAAAUGGGCAGGACAAAGAUAUUCAUUCGGUUCCCCAAAACCCUCUUUGCAACAGAGGAUGCUUUAGAAGUCCGGAAGCACAGUAUAGCAACCUUUCUCCAAGCUAGGUGGAGAGGAUACCAUCAACGACAGAAAUUCCUACACAUGAAACAUUCCGCUGUAAAUAUCCAGUCUUGGUGGCGUGGAACAAUAGGCAGACGAAAAGCUGAAAAAAGAAAGUGGGCUGUGGAUGUCGUUCGGCGUUUUAUCAAGGGCUUCAUUUACCGCGAUCAGCCCCGUUGCACUGAGAAUGAGUAUUUCCUGGACUACAUUCGCUACUCGUUCCUUAUGAACCUCUAUCGGAAUCUGCCAAAGAAUGUGCUGGACAAGUCCUGGCCUGUGCCACCUCCAUCGCUCAGAGAGGCCUCUGAGCUCCUAAGGGAAAUGUGCAUGAACAACAUGGUGUGGAAGUAUUGCCGUAGAAUUAACCCUGAAUGGAAGCAACAGCUGGAACAGAAAGUUGUUGCCAGUGAAAUAUUCAAGGACAAAAAAGACAAUUACCCACAGAGUGUUCCACGACUUUUUAUAAACACUCGACUUGGAAAUGAUGAGAUCAACACUAAAAUUCUUCAGCAAUUGGAAAGCCAGACAUUAAUGUAUGCAGUGCCUGUAGUGAAGUAUGACAGAAAGGGAUACAAGCCCCGAAGAAGACAACUUCUACUCACUCAAAAUACUGCCUAUCUUGUUGAGGAAGCCAAAAUGAAGCAGAGGAUUGACUAUGCUAAUCUGACAGGAAUUUCUGUCAGCAGUCUGAGUGACAACCUGUUUGUUCUCCAUGUUAAAUGUGAAGACAACAAACAAAAGGGAGAUGCAAUUCUGCAGAGCGACCAUGUGAUUGAGACACUGACAAAAGUUGCCAUAACUUCUGAGAAAAUCAAUAAUAUCAACAUUAAUCAGGGCAGCAUCAAGUUUACAGUUGGUCCAGGUAAAGAAGGAAUCAUAGACUUUACUGCGGGUUCCGAGUUACUAAUAGCCAAAGCUAAAAAUGGACAUUUGUCUGUGGUUGCUCCUCGUUUGAAUUCACGAUGA